AUACACACGGCUACAUACACUCGCAAUUAACCCGCACACGUAUAGUUGCUAACGUAUCCGUUAAUCACAUAUUAAUACAAUGGCGACUAAAAGGUCCGCAGAGAAUGAGGAAGAGGAGGCGAGAAAUGUUAAAGCGCGUCGCAAUGUUGUGGCCUCCCUGAAAGAUGAGAACGGCGAGACCUGUGGUCCACCGCUCGACCUACCUCAGGACAUAACGCCAAAGCUUCUAGAGGCUCUGUUGAAUCAGUUGUUAGAAGCCGAAGAACCCGACCGAGAAAGAAACCCGUACACAUUCUACAUCAAUGAUCAGGAGUUGGUGACAGAUGUGGGGACGCAUAUCGAGAAGCACAUGGAGGAUAACGGCGAACAGAUCAUCGACAUCACCUAUCGUCCACAGGCCGUGUUUAAGGUACGGGCUGUGACGCGGUGUGCCGCCACUAUCCCUGGACACGCAGAGGCUGUGCUGCAGGUGCAGUUCUCACCCGAUGGCAAGCGAUUGGUGAGUGGCAGCGGAGACACCACAGUGCGCUUCUGGGAUAUAGGAACGAAUACACCGCAGUAUACAUGCAAGGGACAUAAAAAGUGGGUGCUCUGUGUGGCGUGGUCACCGGAUGGGACCCGUGUGAUGUCCGGCGAUAACGACGGGAAAGUCAUACUGUGGGAUGCUGCCACCGGCAAGCGACUGGGCGAGAACGGAUUUAAAAACGGACACAAAGUUGGGAAGCACGUGGCGUCCAUUGCCUGGGAGCCAUUCCAUGCAAACCCAGAGUGUAACCGAGUGGCGACAUCGAGUAAGGACGGGACUGUUAAAGUUUGGGACACAGUAAGGCACAAGGUGCUCUUCUCCUUAUCACAACACACGCAAAGCGUAACGUCUGUAAUUUGGGGUGGAGAGGGUCUCAUCUACUCGGCAUCGCUGGACCGGACCAUCAAGGUCUGGAGGGCGAGUGACGGGGCACUGGUACGCACACUGGAGGGUCAUGCCCACCGCAUCAACCAACUGUGUAUAAACACGGCCUUUGCCUGUCGAACAGGCCCCUACGAUCACAGAGGCUACAGAGAUCCAGACAAGGUUAAAGCCACGAAAGCGGCCCAAGACAAGUACAACAAACUAUUAGACUCGUGUGGCGGUGUCGAACGGCUCGCCUCAGCCUCAGAUGAUUUCACGAUGUUUCUGUGGACACCAAAGACCGAUAAGAAACCCUUAGCCCGACUCACAGGACACCAGCAACUGGUCAAUUCAGUGGUGUUCUCGCCCGACGGGUGCACGCUAGCCAGUGCUAGUUUCGACAAGAGUGUGAAGACUUGGGACGGGCGCACCGGAAAAUUCAAACAGACUAUGCGAGGCCACGUGGCAGCUGUCUACCAGGCGGCGUGGUCUGCCGACAGUCGACUGUUGCUGUCUGCGUCAAAAGACAGUACCAUCAUAGUAUGGAACACCAAGACCGCAAAGAUACAGGAACAGUUACCGGGCCAUGCGGAUGAGGUGUUUACGGCUGACUGGAGCCCCGACGGCACAAAAGUAGCCAGUGGAGGCAAGGACAAGGUUAUGAAACUAUGGUACGCUUAGGAGUGUGUAUGGUAUGCUUAGGCGUGUGGUGUGGAUGAGCCAUAUAUUGCACCUUGAGUGAUAGGCGAAUCUGGACAGCAUGUAGCAAGUAAUGAAUAAUAAAUUUCAAC